AACUUUUAUAAUUCAUCAACCCUCACUUCCUCCCACUGCUCAGUGCUGUAUCUCAAACAUCACGCCCAUUCCAGCGGCCCGCCGCCAUCUGCUUAGCCAGCCCAGCCGCAAACAGAGCGCUUCCUCCGGUGACGGACCACCGCCACGUCCAUCUGCCAAUCCCGUCACCUCCUCCAUACUUUAGGCUACAAAGACUCCUCUCAUACUUGUCCAGGAAGUUGUUCCGCCGUUCUAAACCAGGACCCGGCGGGGGACUAGUUUUCGGAUCCCUUUACCUGGAUCCUCUUUGUAAAGUCGACCUAUUUUAGCCGACAAGAUCUGCCCAUUUGCCCUAGCAGAUGAUAAUGGACUCAUUUUUAGCCUACUCGGCAGAAACCAUGCCAUUUUUCUCAUCACUUCCCAAACCCUUCUUCACUCCCAUUAUUAGAAGUCCUAACCUGCCAGUAGUAGUUCACCGUCGCUCAUUCUCGGUCGCCGCCCUGCAGAUGAGCUCCAAAGAGGUGAAGCUUUGGGGGGGACGCUUUGAGGAGAGUGUCACUGAUGCCGUCGAGAAAUUCACAGAGUCAAUCUCAUUUGACAAAGCCCUUUACAAGCAUGACAUCAUGGGCAGCCGUGCACAUGCAGCCAUGCUUGCUCGUCAGGGAUUGAUUACCGACAGCGACAGGGACACUAUUUUGAAAGGUCUUGAUGAGAUUGAGAGGCAGAUUGAGAGAGGAGAAUUUGCCUGGAGGACCGACAGAGAGGAUGUGCACAUGAACAUUGAAGCGGCACUUACUGACUUGGUUGGUGAGCCUGCAAAAAAGCUUCACACUGCUCGCAGUAGAAAUGAUCAAGUUUGCACUGAUUUUCGCCUCUGGUGCCGUGAUGCUAUUGAUGCAAUUGCUUUACGUAUUAAGCAUCUGCAGGUUUCGCUGGUCAAGCUGGCUCUGAAGAAUGAGGGUCUGAUAGUUCCAGGGUAUACUCAUUUGCAAAGGGCACAACCUGUUCUUCUGCAACAUCUUCUUUUGGCAUAUGUUGAGCAGCUUGAACGUGAUGCAUCCCGUUUGCUAGACUGCCGCGUGAGGAUGAAUUUCUGUCCCCUGGGUGCCUGUGCAUUAGCUGGCACUGGCCUGCCCAUUGAUAGGUUUAUGACUUCCGAGGCUCUGGGGUUCACUGCCCCCAUGAGAAACAGCAUUGAUGCAGUUUCAGAUCGAGAUUUUGUUUUGGAGUUCCUCUCUGCGAAUUCCAUCACAGCCAUCCAUCUCUCUCGGCUUGGUGAAGAAUGGGUACUAUGGGCAUCAGAAGAAUUUGGCUUUCUCACCCCCAGUGACUCUGUUUCAACUGGAAGUAGUAUAAUGCCUCAGAAAAAGAACCCAGACCCAAUGGAACUUGUCCGAGGCAAAUCUGCCAGAGUUGUAGGAGACCUGGUUUCACUUCUUGUAUUGUGCAAAGGUCUUCCACAUGCAUACAACAGGGAUUUACAGGAAGAUAAAGAACCUGUAUUCGACAGUGUCAAAACGAUAAUGGGAAUGCUUGAAGUGUCUGCAGAAUUUGCAGACAAUAUCACCUUUAAUCAGGAGAGGAUCCGGAAUGCUCUGCCAGCCGGUCACCUGGAUGCAACAACACUUGCAGAUUACCUUGUCAAAAAGGGAAUACCUUUCAGAACUUCUCAUGAUAUAGUCGGAAGGUCUGUUGCUUUCUGUGUUUCAAGAAAAUGCCAGCUUCAAGAUCUGAGUCUUGCUGAGCUUAGAAGUAUAAGCACGGUAUUCGAUGAGGACGUGUAUGAGUUUCUUGGAGUCGAAAAUGCAAUCAAAAAGUUCAGUUCAUAUGGAUCCACAGGUUCAGAAUGUGUAUCCAGUCAACUUGAUUACUGGGUUGCUAAGUUAGACCUAAGCCGAAAGUGAUGGAGACCAUGUUAUUUUUAGUUAUUGGUCGGGUAGAAUCAUAUUUUUCCUUGAAGUCUUUCCAGUUAGUUGAUUUUACCUUUUGAAUUCCGAUUUGGAUAGGGCUCUGCAUUUUGUAAGCCUAUAAAUAUAUGGACUCGACUCUCAUUAUUUAAUAAAGUAAUGAGUCGAAUCUUGAUAAUAUAUCUUAGUCGUUUAUGA